CCGCCGCGGCUAACUCGGCCCUUUGGGCGCCCGUGACCUUCGCUUCUGGAGUCUCUGCUGGCCCGUCGCUCUCCCGUCUGGACCUGCACCCACGAUGCUGGCGCUGCGCUGCGGCCCCCGUCUGCUCGGCCCGCUCUCCGGCCCGCGCUCCGCGCACCUGCGCCUACCCGCGGUCCGCGCUUGCAGCAGCGGCUCCCGAGACCCGUCCUCUUACUCCCGGAACCCGCUCGUAUACCUGGACGUGGGCGCCGACGGGCAGCCGCUCGGCCGCGUGGUGCUAGAGCUGAAGGCAGAUGUCGUCCCAAAGACAGCAGAGAACUUCAGAGCCCUGUGCACCGGGGAGAAGGGCUUCGGCUACAAAGGCUCCACCUUUCACAGAGUGAUUCCGUCCUUCAUGUGCCAGGCCGGCGACUUCACCAACCACAAUGGCACCGGGGGGAGGUCCAUCUACGGGAGCCGCUUUCCUGACGAGAACUUCAAACUGAAGCACAAGGGGCCAGGUGUUCUGUCCAUGGCAAAUGCAGGCCCCAACACCAACGGCUCCCAGUUCUUCAUUUGCACCAUAAAGACAGACUGGCUGGAUGGCAAACAUGUUGUGUUUGGCCACGUCAAAGAGGGCAUGGAUGUCGUGAAGAAAAUAGAAUCUCUCGGCUCCAAGAGUGGGAAGACAUCCAAGAAGAUUGUCAUCACGGACUGUGGCCAGGUGAGCUAACCCGCCAUGGCCAGGGUGCUAGGCCAGUGGCAGCUUCUGGCAACAGUGAGUUGACUCACCCAGGCGGCCGCCUCAGGCUCCCAACGCAGGGGCCCCUUGGAGUUGCCUGUGCUCGCUGCACCUUCUCUGUGCUUCAGGAAGGCCUCUCAGGCAUGUCAGACCUCACAGGACCCACCAGGCUGCUUCCCCAGUGCCUGAUCUUCCCCAGCGCCCUGUUUCUGGACAACUGUCACGGACACUGUGUCACUGCUCCUCGUCUGGCAUCUCCUGUGAUCGCCCGGCUCAAGUUCACCUGUGCCUUGGACGUCGAGGGUGUUGAUGGGUUAGCUUUGAAGGCAGUUUCUGCCUUUUCUUUGACCAAGGGGGAAAGCCGGUUGCUGUAAAGGGCUGUAAUAGCUGUUUAAUGUCAUCUUCCUAAUCGGAAUAAUUUAACAAGACUCCCUGGAGUUGAAGCUGUGGCACUAACUACUCCAGGCUGUGGUGUGACCUGAAAUUGGUGGCACAGGCCACGAGCUUGGCCUUUGGAGCACAGUCUGGGCGUUUGUGAAGGUCCCACGGCUGAGGCCUUUUAUCCCAGUCACUGUGAAUCCCAUUGGUUUGCUGUUCUUGUGUUUGGGGAGAGUCCGUGGCGGUAGAAUCAGCUGAACCUGGGGACAGACCCACUGCGAGCUGUGCCUAGUCAAUGUGAAUUCCCAAGUUGAAAACAGAAAUGACCUGUAAGUGCCAUGUGCUCUGGAAGGAAGUCAGUGUGUAUUCCCUGGUGGGCUUUGAUUUCUUCUGUGUGUCUUAUAAAUUAUAUCUACUGAUUAUAUACACAAUAUACUUCUGGAACAUUUCUUUGGGUUCACCUUAAAUGUGAAAAUAAAUCCUGUUUUCUAUAAAAGACUGGGGUCCGUGCUUUAGGAAGCAGUGUCUGUAACAAGUAUUUGGAGCUGACGUUUAUUGUUACCACUGUCACUCAGUGCUCCACAGAGGGCCUUUCCUUGGACUCUCAAUCCCCCCAGCAACCUAUGAGGGUAUUCUCAUCAUCCUGUUUAACAGACAAGGAAAUGGACACAGACAAACUGUCUUAGCGUCCACAGCCCAUCAGAGCCCUGGUGCCGCCUCUGGGUGACAGAGCCUCAGUUUUGCUCAGCUGUGUAAUGGGGUAACAGUGCCCACCUCACAGGGUGAUGAGGGUCAGACAUGAUCUGUGUAAAGUGCACAGCAUGGGCCCUGGCACAUGGUCUUAAUAAGGCUCUGGAGUGAGACGAGGACAAUAUUUCCUGUGUGUCUGGGCCUUAGAGGAGGAGGAGCUGUGAUUAUCUCAGGCUAGAUGUGGACUUUACUACCCUCGAUGUGCCAUUUAAAUUUGGAGUUAAGUUACAGGUGUUUCUGAAUUCACAGGGAGAGCAGAUUGCGGGGUGGGAUGAGAGCUAAAAACUUCCUUAAACAGCCAGGGGAGGCACAGUCCGAAUAACAGAAGAAUCACAGUGUAAUUAGCAUUGCCUCACGUUGGAGUUCCCUGAGUCUGAUAGUGUGUGGUCACAGGUCCUUGAAGGCAUUCUGAGGUCACAGUGGCUGAACUUGGGUCAUCUGGAAUAUGGGGUUCCCUGAGUUAUGUGAGGUCACAGGUAGAUGUAGUCACUCUGGGGUCAUGGCUGGAGUUGGGUCAUUGGAGUCGGGUCAUUGGAGUCAUGGAGAGUUUCCAUGAAGUCAGUUCAGCUACAUGGGUUGGGAACGCAGCCGGCCUAACAGUUUUCAAACAGUUCUCAAGAUCCUUGGAGGUCCUCAGGCAUGGGCCCCUGAACCCCCUUUCAAUCAUCGAUACCCUCUGUUUUCUAAAAGGGAUUUCAUUUGACGAAUGGGAUCCUAAGCCAAAUAAUAAUGGGUUGUUGCUCGACCCUUCCAACCAACAUUUUACAGACGGGUAAACUGAGGCCCUGAGAGGGGACAUGGUUGCCCAAGGUUACCCGGUGAGUCAGUUGGCAGAGCAGGGGCUAGAACCCCGGACCUGCCAGUCCAGAGGGUUUUCUGUUGGAGGCCUUUCGGGAUGCACAGACCCCUUUGUCCUCAGAUCACACGCAGUCAGAGCUCUUCUGAUUUCUGAGGUCAAAGCCAUGAUUUUGGUCCCUGUGGAGUUUCCUCUUGACCUCUGGGGACUCUAGGGAGGCAGUGGUGCUGUUGACAGGUGUGAGGGUCAGCUCCUUGAGGUGUGACCCACUGGCCCCCUGGUGACUUCUGAGGGGUCUCGGGGUCACAGAACAUGUGGGGCAAGUCUUUAGUUCACAGAGCAUUUCCUUUCCAAUGAGGAGGAAGCACGUGUGCGUGUGUGGGUGCGUGUGCAUAUGUGUGUGUGCGUGUGUGUGUGUGCGCGCACGCGUGUGUGUGUGUCCCUCCGUGCAGAGGAGUCUAGUGUGGGCUAGCGGAAGAAAGAAUGCAGGAAUUUCCUAAAAACAGUUUCCUGAAGGUGGGGCUGUUCCCUGCAGUUCUCUUCCCAGAACUCUUGCACAAGGGCCUGAGCCUGGUCUUACUACAUAAAGCAGGAGCCUGUGUAAUGUACAGAUAGGAUAUUGACUUGUUGCUGGUACACUGGUGCCUAAUGCAUGAAGGAAGCAGUGAGUCAUACACGUGCUCUCACAGAUGGAAUCAUAUGUGAUGCCAUGUAAAUUCACCAUGUGUUUAAAUAUCUGAAAUAGCAUUUUUAUGAGACAACACGUGAUAGCUUUCCAAAAUGACUUCACUGAGGUGUAAUUUACAUACAAUAAAAUUCACACAUUUUAAGUGUGCAGAUCAAUCACUUGACAAAUUCAUACACUGAGUAACCACCACCAAAUUAAGUUAUAGAACAUUUCCAUCUCUCCAGAAAGAUACCUCUGUGCCUGUUCCCAGGAAGCCACUGAUUCUAUCACUGUAGAUUAAUUUUGCCUGUUCUAGAACUUUGUAUAAAUGGAAUCCUACAAGAUUCACUUUUUGUGUCUGACUUCUUUCGUGUAGCAUGUAUGAAGACGUGGGAGAAUUUAACACACUUCUGGGCUUUGUAGAAUGUUGCUCCAUGAAGAGGAAUGUCAGUAAAUGUUUCCAAGGUCUGCUAAGGCUAAAGCAAUGCUUCUCCUAGGAAUCAUGGGGUGCUGGGAAAGCAUGCAGAUUCCCAGGCCGCAGCCGAGACCUGUUGAAUACCAGUCUCUGAGGGUGGGAUCUAGGAAUCUGAAUUUCCAAAUAAUAAUAAUUCAACUAAAGUUUAAGAAUUUGAGUGAAUGUAGGCCAGAAGGGGCAAGAUUGAAAAGGGAGAUCACCAGACCACUCGAGUCAUUGUUGACUUGCCGAAACAUUUGUUGCUGGAUGCUCCGCCACUUGUAAAAGAUGCUUCACUUGAGGAGUCUGGCUGAUAACUCUUGGGUGGUGGGUAGGGCACCCUGUGCAGCCCAAGCUUCGUGGGGGCUGGUGGGAAGCUGUGCUCUUCCAUAGCUGCUUCCCAAAGCCUCAGCCGAUGGAGAGGCCUUUCAGGGGAGGAGUUCCCAUGGUGUAGCCCUCGGUUCUUCUUCUUCUUUUGUGGGCCCAGACUGGAGAACAUUUCUCAGUGAAUAGCUUCUGGAGGCCACGAGUCAGAUCCAUGUCCAAGGUCCACUGGAACAGGGUGAAUAGAGAAAGUCUUGGUUCCAUGCUGAGUCCUCUGAUGGUUGCAUAUAUCUGUGAAUAUACUAAAAAAAACAUUGAAUUAUAUACUUUAAGUGGGUGAGUUGUAUGA